AAUCAAUUUUUCAUUCGUUUCUAAUUAAUUGUUGAUUAUUUUUGUUCAGUUUUUCUAAUUCUUAAAUUGGCUGUUGAAGUUUUGUAUAAUUUCUUCCUCUUCUUUUUCAUAUUCUUUUUGGUUUUCUUUCUCUUUUCUUUUCUUUUCCUCCAAUGGCCUCUUUUGGAGAUGUUGCAACUAUAAGAACUUUCAUUGAUCCAUUUACCUUUGUAUCUCCAUGUGUUACACCUUAUGGAUCAGAUAAAAUAAUUCUCAGUGAAAGUAAACAUCUUGCUGUUCUUUACGAUCUAAACACUUGCCUGCCCACUAAAUGUUGGACUUUCUCAGAAUUAGAUCCACUGGUUUCGCCCUUUAUAUAUGACCACGUGAAUGAGAAAUUUAUUGCUGUUAAACAGUUGAAAGUAGCUUUGUUUAAAUGUGAUUCGGAAGAUGAUCUUAUCCAGAUUAAAUUGGGAAAGUUGGUUCACUGUUUGAUUACCAAUCCUAUUAAAGAGUCUUUGGUACUAUUUAAAAAUGGUUAUAUUCGACCCUUGAGCUGGGUGAUUGGUGACAAAGGUAAAACCACUGGACCAGAUAUCAUUCCAAAGAAUGAGGAGAUUCUUAAAACUAUCAUCAAUCAAUUCAGUCCGGAAUUUUCUUGGGUUGCACUUUUAACCAAAACCCAAAACUGUUUCAAUAAGCUCUAUAUGAUUAAGGCCAAUUUAGCUGAAGAAAAAGGUGAAUUGGAGGCCAAGUAUACUGUUAAACAACAGUACAAAUGUCUUACUAUGAGGAAAAAUGGUCAACCAAUUGGUUUAACUGAAACUGGACAAAUUAAUCUUCUAUUGGUAGAAGGAGAACAACAAUUGAUAACUCUUUACAAUUGUUCAGUGGUUAGUGCCUUAUGUUUACCGGAAGAAGACACUUUAGCUGUUGUCGUAAAAGAAGACCAAUCAUAUACACUGAAGAUAAUCAACCUUAAAUAUAAGGUGAUCACCAGCCAGCUUUCCCUUGAAAUUGAACCACUUGCUGAUUUCAUAUCACAAUCAAAUGGCAAUAUUUUCAUCGCCAGUCGUAAAGCAAUGUUGUCCAUUCAAUAUGAGAUCAAACCGGCAUCAUUGGCCAGUGUGAUGGGCAAAAAUUUACUUGCCAGAGAAUCAACAACCUUAAACAUAACCUCAACCACCAGUCCUCUCAAAAGAAAAGCUUCUUCUUCACCAGAUCACAUUUUCCUCGAUUCAUCAACCGACAUCAAAUUAACAUCAUCAUCAUUGAAUGAAAAUAUUUCUCUCAAUGAUCUAAAAAAGCUAUUACCCAAAUCUGGUGAACUAUUAUCCGAAAAGGCCAUUUUUUCCGCUUUAGCAACUAUUCUUAAGUCAAAGUGUUUCUCACCAUUGGAUGAUUCGUCCAAGCAAAUAUUAGAUACAAUUAUCUCUCGACCAUUUAAUCAUCAAUUUAUGGUAAACGUUGUUAAAUCAGCAAACCUUACGGUCGAUCAAUUUAUUCAAAUAAGUGAUAUUCUAAUUGAAAUGCUUUCUAUUGAUAAUGGUUAUAUUAUCGAUUGGUUAAUCGUUAUACUGGAUGCGUGUUUAAAAUUGUUACUAUUCACAAGGACUGAUGUGAUUAAAAAUACUCUUAAAAAAUUAGGAAAUAAAUUACAAUUAAUGGACGAAUCAUUGGAAAAAUGUCAAACAAUAUCAAAUCUAUUAGAUGAUCUAUUAACAUCUAAGACGAAAUUAUCUAUCAAUCAAAUGUAUAAUGGUGUAAAACAUGAUAAAUAUUGUAUCGAGAUUCUUGAAUUAUAAAUAUAAAUUUUUCAUUUUCAUUAAUCUAA